UACGUUCAUCGCAUAUGGAUAGUCAGCAGGGGCCGAUCAAGAGCUCUUCCUAUGACAGUGGGCGCAAUCGUGGUCCUAGGUUCAGGUGUUGCCAUGAGUCUUAUUUGGGCAGUGUAUCGGUGUCACAGGUUCGCGGAUUUACUAAAAAUCGAUUGGGCGACAUACUCGACGUUAGGCACAAUCAGUUUUCUCGAUAUUCUUAUUGCAUCAUCGCUAUGCUAUCUCCUCGCUACCUCCCGUAUUGGGUUCUCUAGCACCGAUUCCUUCGUGACAAAGCUGGUGGGUUAUACCAUCAGUACCGGCUGCGUGACAAGUAUGUUUUCAUUGACAGCUAUCAUUACAUGCGCAGUGAUGCCGAAAAACUUCGUCUUCCUCGGUGUUGAAUUUUUGGUGACGAAAUUAUGUGUCAACUCAUACAUUGCGCUCCUGAAUGCGCGAUACUGCCUACAGGCCAAUGCAGACAAUAUUGAUUCUUCAGAAUUCCAUAACCGCCAUGGUGUUUACCGCCCUGAGCUGUGCAUUUCUUCGUCGCAAGAUGAGAACUUUCCUGCAUCCCAGAAGAAUGUAAUUAGACAACAUAGCGAUGAAGUGCUGCAUCUCACUCGGCCCGUUCAUGCUGCCGCCAUGCAUCCGAUUGCGGUGACGAUGGAAAUGGAUUCCGUCUCCUGAGUGUAAUGGAUGGGAUGCACCCGCCUCUCUCCUCACGAGAAAGGAUUCGCAAAUAACUUAUGGAUUGGUAUGCACCUGCCUGUCUCCUCACAAGAUAGCAUUCGCAAACAGCUUAUGGA